AUGCUAAAUGUUACUAAAACAAUAAAAAACACAAAACUUAUCUUAAAAAUACGCUAAACCGUUCAAAAAAAUUUUUCGAACAACAAAACACGCUUCAAAAAACCGACAAAUGUGAGAUUUUCGCGGGGGGUCAGCAAGUGCGCUCCAUUGAGAAUCGCUGUGAAAACGGCGAUUUUCUCGCUUCUUCUCACACUUUUAUUGUAAUUUUGCGGGUCAUUUCUCAUCGAUUUUCCCACGAUUGUCACGCAUAGUCUGACGUUGCUUUCGGAGAAGAAAAUUGUGCUAAAAACCAGAAAAAUCUGGGUUCUCUACGAUUUAUUGUCGAUUUUAAAAGGUUUUCCUUCUAAUUUUGCAGACAUUUCGCGGUAAAAUCGUACUUUUUGCAGGCAAAAUGCAAAAAAUGAAGAUAAUCGUGGCGAUGGACUCGGAAGGCGGCAUCGGAAAGGGAGGAACUUUGCCGUGGAGACUCAAAAAGGAUAUGCAAUAUUUUGCGGCCGUCACCAAGAAAGUCGAAGAUCCGGCGAAGGUUUGCACGGAAAAUCAUUGAAAUUCGUCGAAUCUAAAGAGAAAGUACACUUUUUCGUUGUCUUCGAGCAAUUUUCAACAAAAACUAUCUUAACAGCCUUCAAAAAAAUGUUUGCAGAGAAACGCAGUGCUAAUGGGUCGAAAAUGCUGGGAAAGCAUUCCAGAGUCGCGUCGCCCGCUGUCAGGACGUCUGAAUAUCGUGUUGAGCCGUCAAUUGGCAGAGAACAUCACUGACAACCUGAUUAUAGUGUUCGUUUUUCAUUCUAAAAACCAGGGAACCCUCAAGACUUUUGAAAUGUUUAUGUGUCUGUCUUCUGAAUUGCCUCUUAUUGCCACAUUGACUUUCCGAGUCCCAACUCUUAGAAAUGCCUAUAAACGGAACGGCUCGCAGUUAAAGUUGUGGCCGUGGCCUAGAAAACUCAGAUGUGAAAAAACUCUUUCCUGCUGAUAAUAUGACAUCCUUGCACUUUGGCAAUGCUUGGCAACGAUAUUUUUCAAGUUUUUUGCAGAAAUUCCCUGGAUAGUGCUCUAAAAAUGCUCGCAGAGCCGCCGUUUUGUGAGCAAAUCGAAACGGUCUGGAACAUUGGCGGAGCUGAAAUUUAUGACUUGGCGCUUCGAAAAAAUCUGGUCGACGAGGUCCAUGUGACCAAAAUUUACAAAAAGUAUGCUGUUUUCGCAUCCGUAGAAAAUUACUCUUCUUGCAGUUUCGACGCCGACGUUCACCUCAAAUCACUGGAUUUCACACGAAUGGAGAAACUCGAAAACGCGGGAAUUUUCGAUGAAAACGGACUGAAAUUCGAGUUUUUCAAGUGGAGAAUUGUGGAAAAAUUGUGA